AUGGCAGAAGAUACCCCCCUGCUCCCACAGAGCACCAACGACACCCCCACAUGGUGGACAGCCCGUCGCAAGAAGCUCCUCGCCAUCACCCUUCUCUCUCUCCUACUCGUCGGAGCCGCAGUGUCUACGGUCAUCACUGUCGUCGUGAAGAACCGGGAGCCGAAGGAUCCGCUUGAAAGGGCCAAGUUUUACCUCAAGAAAACCCCUGUGAUCGAUGGGCACAUUGACUUGCCCGAGCUGGCCCGGUCAGUGUAUGGAAACGACCUGGACAAGUUUGAUCUUCACAAAUCCACUCCUGGCCACCUCGAUAUCCCUCGGCUGAGGCAGGGACAAUUGGGCGCUUUCUUCUGGUCAAUGUACGUCCAGCCUCGGCUGUGUGGGUGUAGAAACACUCUGGAACAGCUUGAUGUGGCCAACAACAUCAUAGAACGCUACAGCGACACCUUUGCCCCUGCCCGCACCGCCGACGAUGUUGAGGCUGCAUGGAAAUCUGGCAAGGUUGCUAGUCUAUUUGGACUCGAAGGCGGGCAUUCGCUUGGAAACUCUUUGGGCGUUUUGAGGAUGUACCAUCAACUGGGUGUCCGAUAUAUGACUUUGACCCACAGUUGUAACAACGCCUUUGCCGAUUCGGCCGGUAUCUUUGGAGACGUCGAGGAGCGCUGGGGUGGACUUUCACCUUUCGGUAAGGAGCUCAUCCCCGAAAUGAACCGUCUCGGUAUCUUUGUCGACAUCUCCCACGUAUCUGACAAGACCGCCCUCCAAGCUCUCGAGCUCACCGAGGCCCCUGUGAUCCUCUCCCACUCUUGUGCUCGACACUUUAACAACAUGUCUCGUAACGCGCCUGAUGAGGUCUUUUCCAAGCUCGGUGAUGGAAAGGAUAAGAAUGACGGUGUCGUCAUGGUCAACUUCUUCCCAGUGUUCGCUUCAAAGAACCCGGAUGAAGUUGACGUUGCCUACAUUGCUGAUGAAGUCGAGUAUAUCGCCAAGGAGGCCGGUAGAGCCCACGUUGGUAUCGGAUCAGACUAUGACGGUAUCGAGUCCACUCCCAAGGGCCUGGAAGACGUCUCCACAUACCCCAACCUCUUUGCCGAGCUCAUUCGACGCGGAUGGUCCAGGUCGGACCUUGCUGGUUUAGCUGGUGGGAAUGUGCUUCGCGCUCUUCGUGGUGUGGAGGAAACUAGCAAGAGGUUGAAAGGUGAAGGGAAGGGACCGAGUAUGGCUAAAUAUGAGAAGAGGAAGGACCUUGAAGGAGGAGGGGAGCUCUAG